CUCACCAACACCUAACAAAAACCAAACCAAACCAAACCAAACCAAUCAGCAUCAUGGAUCGUCGGCACCACCACCCAGGCGGCGGCCACCACCACCACCACCCACCACACCACCACCACCAUCCAACUCCCGUGGUGGUGGUCCCCACACCAGCUCCUCCCUCCCGCGUGGUGGUGGUCGACCACCACCACAACUCUCCUCCGCCGGUCCACCACAGCGGCGACAUCUUCACCAGACCCUCCGUCAAGAUGUACUGCAAGGCCGAUUCCACCUACUCUCUCUCCAUCAGCCAUGGAAAGGUCAUCCUUGUUCGCUCAAAUCCCUCCGAUCCUCUCCAGCACUGGAUAAAAGAUGAUAAGUAUAGCCACACAGUGAGGGACAGAGACGGAUUGCCGAGUUUUGCGUUGAUCAACAAAGCUACUGGCCAGGCCUUGAAGCACUCUAUUGGUCCAAACCAUCCUCUGCAACUUGUUCAAUACAAUCCCAACACUCUUGAUGAGUCCAUCUUAUGGGCGGAGAAGGAGCUGGGUGAUGGGUACCAGGCUGUGCGAAUGGUGAACAACAUUCGCCUGAAUUUCGAGGCUCUCCACGGCGAGAGACACCAUGGUGGGGUCCACGAUGGCACCACAGUUGUGCUCGGGGAAUGGAAGAGUGGAGAGAACCAGCGCUGGAGGGUUGAUUUCCACUGAUAUAUGCUGCUGCUGCUACUACCGGAAGCUGUUCGUUUUGUUGGCUUUUCUGAUAAUGUACGUACGCAUCAUCUCUUCACCGGUGUCGAUCAUACCUUGAUUUGGUGGCAUGAGAAGUUAUGUAUGUAUUGUAGCUUCAAUAAACACAGUAGUCUAAUUAUGUAUUGAAGGUUGCUGGAUCCUUGAACCUGUACUGCUUUUUAUGCCUAGAAUGUAAUCUUAUCAUCUAUUGACAAUAACACUAAUAUCUUUGGUAAUAUAAGUUUUAUUAAGACGUC